AUGAAAGAUCAAUUCUACGAUGCCCUUGAACGUGAGUUGCUGACGACCGAUAACUCGCUGGUUGGUGGUGAUUUCAACGGACACAUUGGCGAGGACAACUCAAGUUGCGAAAGUGUACAUGGUGGUUUUGGUUAUGGAAGCCAGAGCAGUGACGGCGUCCGACUACUAGACUGUGCCAUGUCUGCACGACUGUUUUUUGCCAUCACUGCGCUCAAGAAACUACACACUCAGUUUGUGACAUUUAUGUCGGGCCGUAUUGCAACCCAGAUAGAUUAUAUUUUUUACAGAAAAGGCUCAAUCUCAUCUUUAAAGAAUGCAAAGACUAUUCCAGUUGGCAUCCAGCAUAAACUUGUUGUAGCUCACUUUACCAUGAAGAAAGUCCACAAACAAAGAAAAGUCAAGCGACAACCAAGGAUAAAGACUUGGAAACUACGUGAUCCAGAGACAAAGAAACUUUUCACUACUGAGUUUGCUGCGACACCUGAGACUACUACAUGGGAGGAGCUUAAGAACAACCUGUUCGAGGUAGCACAAAAUGUUUACGGUGUUUCUCGAGGACAUGCAGCUUCACGUGAAACUUGGUGGUGGAACCAAGAAGUAGAAGAAGCUGUGAGAAUGAAGAAACAACUGUUCAAACAGUGGCGCAGAAACAAAAACGAUGCAAAUCGGACAGAGUAUGCGAAUGUUAAACGUGCUGCAAAGCAUACGAUUUGUGAUGCUAUCAACAGUCAAGUAGAGCAAGCUAUUGCAGAAGCUGACUCUAUGAAGAUCUUCAAUAUAUCAAAGCAAAGGGUCAAGCAAAGACAAGACGUUGUCGGCACGAAUUGCUUGAAGGAUGCAGAAGAGAAACUUCAAACUAACAUUGCUGCUCGUAAGAAAAUAUGGAAAGACCAUAUGUAUGAUAUCAUGAAUGUUGAACAUUCUUACACGAGUAGUGACAAACCGGCUGUAGAAGGACCUUCUGAGGAAGUUACAGUGGCAGAGCUUAAGAGUGCCUUGCGAGCGUUAGCGAACAAGAAGGCUCCAGGGCCCAGUGGUAUCACUGCAAAGGUGCUCAAAGCUGCUGGUGACCCCUUCAUUGAUGUACUGACAACUAUUUGCAGCCAGAUCUAA